AUGGCUCUGGUGCUGACUCUAGCAGUGAUAUCAGUGUUCGCGCCUACAUGUGCGAUACGUUCGGAUAUCAGACCUAUAGGAGACGUUGUGAGAGAGUUCGGCUACGACAUGGAGGCCCACACGAUACACACCUCUGAUGGCUACAUGUUGACGACACACAGGCUGUUGGGGCGUAGCCGAGAACAAACACACGCAGAACCUGUGGUGCUGGUUGAGGGGAUGCUACAGUCAUCCGCUUCCAACCUUGCUAAGGGGAAGGGAAUUGCGUACUCUCUGGUGGACCAAGGAUUUGACGUGUGGUUGACCAACUACCGCGGCAACCUGUACUCUCGCCAACACGAGACCAUCUCACCUGAUUCACCAGCUUUCUGGAAUUUCACGUUGCACGAAAUGGGUACAAAGGAUCUGCCUGCAACGAUAGACUACGUGUUGACCCAUACACAACAUAAUCAACUGAUCUACCUGGGGUUCUCCAUGGGUACGACCAUGUUCUGGGUGCUCGCCUCCUCUCUGCCCCAGUACCAGAACAAGGUGUCAGUCAUGGUGGCGGUAGACCCCGUGGCGCGCCCCUCCAAUAUGCGGCUUCUCAAGAACGAUUUUUCUCGUACAACAAUCUAUGCUUUGUUUAAAACUUUAUGGACACUAAAGAAGUGUGAAGUUAUGUCCUAUGGAGAUACAACAUCUUCCAUUCUCAGCCGUUUGUGCAGUGGUAAAUUCAGAUUUACCUGUGAAAGAUUUGUUGAUAAGAUGAAUCGCUUCCAAAAAGAGGAGAUGGAAGUCGACGCUGCAUUCAAAAUGAUCCCUUAUUCUCCAGCCGGAAUCUCAGUUAAAGUGAUUCUUCAUUUCAUCCAAAUUGCUUGUGCAAAACGGUUCCAACAGUUCGACUACGGCUCCAGAGGCAACAGGCAAAUGUACGGUUCUACGCAGCCACCACAGUACGACUUGCAGAGGAUCCAGCUGCCGGUCUAUUUGGUCUACAGCGACAAAGACAAGGUCGCCACCAAACAGGAUAUAGAAUGGUUAGCCGAUCAACUGCCCCGUCGGCCAACAAGAAAGAUUGAGUCAGUUAGAAACUUCAGUCAUUUGGAUUUCAGCCUCAAUUUCGAUCUAAGAGCCCUAUUCCAAUUUGAGAAGUAUUUGAACUUGUUAACCGCAAAAUUGAGUGUCGAGAAGGACAUUAGACAAGAGGAGAUGAAUUCGUCUUUUAAAAUCCAAGAACAAACGGAGGGUGAGAUUUUCGCUCUCAACGAACGCAUCGAGGCUCUACAGGCGAAUCUGCGGCAGCGGGACCUAUCCAUCUCUUCAGUCAUCGCCGAAAAUCUGGAUGCCAGAUACGAUCAGAUCUGUGAUGCCAGAUCUGAACUAAUUCCAUAUCUGGUUAGAUAUGGGUGCCAGAUCUGGAAUAUGUCCAGAUAUGUCAUCCCAAAUCUGGCCAGAUAUAGAAUCCAGAUCUGGGACCAGUCCACUUUCCCAUAA